AUGGUACUGAAUUCUAUGAGUUACAGAGAGGGGCCGGGCUUCCAAUACCCUACGCCCUCGUUAUCGCGUACCCUUGGGCAGCUCAUUGACAAGCAGGCUGAACAACGCGGCGAACACGUGGCUCUGGUUUCCGCCUGGCAAAACGCAAGCCUGACAUACCAGCAGCUACUCAACUCUUGCAGGAGCAUUUCAGGGCGUCUAUUACGGCAUGGGGUGCGUCCCGGUGACCGCAUUGUUGUGCUGGCUGGCAACUCGGUUGAGUAUGCGCAGCUGUUCUUUGCCGUGGGAGCUAUUGGGGCCGUCUUCAGCAUUAUUAACCCAACAUUGGAGCCUGAUGAGGUCAUUGAGGCGGUCGAAUUUCUGUCUCACAUGCAUGCAGAACCAAAGUGCAUCUUCAUAGCAGACAGGAUUGGAAACCGCAAGAAUGCCAGCGUUUUGGGUGAUUUGGUCAGAGUAAGACAGCAACCAACGUGUUUUGUUCAGUUGGGCACCACAACAGCGACUGACGGUGUACUGACCUGGGAUGAAUUCCUGCACGACGCCGGAGAUAGCCGCGGUGGUGAUGAUCUCCUGGCUCGGUAUUGGGCCACCUGCUCCCCAGAUACCACCGUCUGCAUCCAGUUCACGAGCGGUAUACCACCGGCCCACCUCGUGGGCAACGCCGUCCUCGUGGGCCAGCGACUCGGGUACACGCCGUCAGACGUCGUCUGCUCGACGACCCCCCUGUUCCACUGCUUCGCGCUGGUCUGCGGCCUCAUCGCGACAGUCGCGUACGGGGCCACCGUCGUCCUACCCUCGGACGUGUUCCUGGCCGGCGCGACGUUGCAGGUCCUCUCCGAACGCAAGUGCACCGUCAUCUACUCUGUCGCCACCAUGCUGCAGGCCAUGCUGGACCACCCGGACGCCGGAACCCACAGGCCUGGGAUGUCCCUGAGAACCGGCAUCGUGGCCGGCUCGGCCCUGACCUCGGACCUGGUCGGGAGGCUGGCCGCCGAGUUGGGCCUCGGGGGGCUCACGUACGGCUACGGCAUGACGGAGGCCUCCUGCAUCGUCUUCAUGACGGACCCGAAGCAGGACCGCCUCACGGACGACUUCUCCUCAGUAGGAACCCUGCUUCCCUGCUUGGCCGCGCGGGUUGUUGACGAGCAUCUGAGUACUGUGCCUGUGGGCAGUGCGGGAGAACUCCUCGUAUCGGGGCAUUCCGUGUUCCAGGGAUACUACAAAAAUCCUCUCAAAACUGACGAUACCAUUGUGAGGGAUGCUCAAGGGCGACAUUGGCUUCGAACGGGAGAUUUGGUGUCGAUUGACGAUGCCGGGAGGUGCACCAUAGUCGGGCGAGUGAAAGAUAUGAUCAAGAGGGGCGGCGAGAAUAUCUUCCCACGCGACGUGGAGGCGGUUCUGGAGCAGCAUCCCGAGAUCCACGCCGCGGCGGUUGUCGGGAUACCAGAUGCCUUAGGGUACUGGGGAGAGGUUGUUGGCGUCUUCAUCCAGCGCGCCUGCGGCUCGAAUUGUAAGCCCGAGUCAAAAUCUGUGGAGCGCCAGGGAGGCUUGGGCAAGAAGGAGCUGAAGCGUUGGCUCCGCGGCCGCAUAGCGACCCACAAGGUGCCUGAGUAUUUCUUUUGGAUUGGUGAAGGAGGCGGUGUUCCUGAUGAGCUGCCGACCAACCACAGUGGGAAGAUGGUAAAGUCAGAGCUGCGGGCUACAGCAACAGCCCUUUCGAAGUCAAAGGGUUUUCAAAACGUAGAGUAG